UGGCGUAGACCGCUGCGAAAGUCGCCGCAGCUUGCGCCAGAGGCGUAAGAGCCGAGACUUUGCCCCCACCCCUCCCGGUGCCGAGGCCUCGCGCUGCCGCCCGACGCCAUGGCCGCUCCGGCACCGCUCCGCCUGCUCUUCCGGGCCGCCGCAGCCCCCUCCCGUCUUUGGUUCCUCUCCGCCUUGCCGGCAUCUGGAACGGGGCCGAGCUGCAGCGCCGCGGCCGUGAGGGCGUUGCGGCCGCUCAGCCUCUCGGCGCGGACGGCGCGCAGCUCAGAAGAUAAAAUAACUGUUCAUUUCAUAAACCGUGAUGGUGACAAGCUAACAGCCAAAGGAAAACCUGGAGAUUCAUUGCUGGAUGUUGUUGUUGAAAAUAAUCUAGACAUAGAUGGUUUUGGUGCGUGUGAAGGAACAUUAGCCUGUUCAACGUGUCAUUUAAUCUUUGAAGACCACAUAUUUGAGAAACUAGAUGCAAUUACUGAUGAAGAGAUGGACAUGCUAGACCUGGCAUAUGGUCUCACAGAAACAUCGCGUUUAGGCUGCCAGAUCUGCUUGAAGAAGUCAAUGGAUAAUAUGACUGUUCGAGUACCAGAAGCUGUUGCUGAUGCCAGACAAUCAGUAGAUUUGAGUAAAAACUCCUAAAAGAAAACAUCGUAGGAGUUUCAAAGAAGCUUAAUUAUUUUUAUAACUUAUUUUUAAAUGUGUAAUUAAAUAUGGAAACUUACAUAAUUGUGAGUUAUUUUAUAUGACUAUCAGUACUAGAUUAACGCUAUUUUAAUUUUUCUUUAUAGAACCUCCUAUAUUUUUACGCUUCGGAUGCAAUAAUACUUCUAAAUGAUCACUGGACUAUAAAUGUUAACAACUGUAUUACAGGUUUCAUAUAAUUUUUCUCUGCCAAAACCUUUCUUGAUGACUGAAAACUGAAUCACUUGUACAAGACUUGCAGACCCCCUGGGCAUUGCGAGGUGUGAGGCCUAGAUCUGAUAGCUGGUCUUGUGAGAUUGCAGAAGGGCUUUUUCAUGUGUUGCUCUUAAAGAUUUAUGCUCAGAACUAAUUUACUUUCUUAGUGAAUAUGAUACUUCCUUUGCAAGUAGUGGAUUUUCUGGUAGUUGUUUUCCAGUUUUUGUAACUUACUAGAGAUGUGGCAAAUCCCAUCUCAUGAAAAUAUUGUUAAAACCAUAAAAACGAGGGGCCAGUACAGAACUGGGCACAUGCAAUUUGGUUGUUGCAGUAUGUCGCAACUGUGGAGGUUGAAAAGGGCUUCGGGUAAAGGCUUGGAGCUGUAUGAAACAGGAAGUAAAUGCAGACUCUUACCAUUCUCUGAAGUUGGAUGGCUGAACUGAGGUUGAAAAAGAGAUUGAUGUAGAUUGAUGGCUAAGAAAACUCAGUUGGGUCUUAUUUUAGUUGUUCUAAAGUAGGCUAAAAUAAAGUAAUGUCUAAGACUUGCAUUGGUUUACCUGCUCAUUGUUGCCAAGAUAACUAAAUGCAGUGGCUGUCACUAAUACAGCACUUAUUACUUUUAUAACAUUAUUUUAAGAUUUAGGGCUUAUUAUGCAUGUAACAUGUUUAUUUACAUUUGAAUGCUUUAAUGCAUUCAUUAAUGCCUUAUUUGAACUGGUGACAAUGAUGCCUGGGCAUCUUUUCUUGCAUUGUAUUUAUGGAGAGGAAAAAAACACAAACUAUUUUUCCAGUGUCGAGUAUUGGAAUUAUUUUGCACUUCAUAAAAGUGGGGGGGACAGGAAGUCCCUGUUAGAAAAAGAAAUAUUUUCUAGAGCUGUUUUGAGGGGAUAAAAAGGCUUGCGGUCCUUGCUUUCCUCUCUGAGCAGACAUUCCUUUGCUUUGUGGUGCUCACUUUGGACUUUCCCCUAAAGCAAGGUAUGCUUCAUGUGCGAGAUCUGCUCAGAGAGCAUUAAGGAGUUGGAAAUGAGCUUUGUAUCUCAUCGAAUUAGAAGUACAACUUCAGAGUUGAAAUUUCCUGACUUAUUGAAAGCUGGAGAGAUUGAGGUUGGUUGGAGAAGUGUUCUGAAGAUGCUGCUGUCUUCCUUUGGAACUGCUGUGAGCAGCUGUAAUUUAGAGGUUACCCUUCCACAAUCACAUAAGCUCGCUGUCUGUAUUGCCUUUAUCCCAGGUUCAUUUAUACACUGCACUUCUUAUUAAAUACCAAACUUUUAUCAUUUUUACAUGAGACACAGCUCAACUUCCAAGAGAGAGAACUCGGGUCAUAACCAGAUGUGCUGCGUCUUACAGGAGAAAGGACCUGAAGUUUCAGUAGAGAUGUGACGUUUCAGGGUGGGGCGUGUUUGAUUGCGGGGCUCUCUGUGUUACUGCAGCACUGAGCUCUUCUCCUGCAUGGAAUCUUGAAGUGCUUAAUGCUGCCCUGAACAAAAGUGAAAAGUCUGCUGUCCAAGUUUUCCUUAAAACACAACAGAACAAGCUUGGUUUAUAUGUGCUGCUUCUUACUAUAAUGAGUUGGAGUCUCCUCUAAGUAUGCCAAUGGGGGGAACAGCAGGACAAGACAAAUGGGGGGAAAAAAACACCUUCGAAAUCCUUUUGAAUUUUGGAAGAAUUCCAUGGUUCAUAUAAAUAUAAGUGUCAAAAGACAGAAGAACAGGUGUGGAAUCCCCACCAUCUCAGAUAUACUUGUGUCCUUUUUGUCAAAGUGAUUUGCAAAUAAAUCUUAUUUUAUACCACUUUC